CUAUAUAUAAAUACACCUACUGAUGAUCCUUUAAGUUAUUACCCAAACUCAACUUCUCAUCAAAUCAUCAAUGGCUUCCUCUCCCAAAGACCUUCACUUUGUCUUGUUUCCUCUAAUGCAACAAGGCCACAUGAUACCAAUGAUCGACAUUGCACGAAUACUAGCCCACCGUAAUGCCACAGUUACAAUCAUCACAACUCCUGUUAACGCCACCCGUUUCAAGCCAGCCAUCGAUCGGGCAAUCCAAGCCAAGCUCAAGAUCCAAGUUAUCGAACUUCAACUCGCCUUAGCCGAAGUUGGUUUGCCUGAAGGAUGCGAAAAUUUCGACAUGAUUCCAUCGGUUGAUCUCUUUGUUAACAUGUAUGCCUCCAUGGACAAGUUGGAAAAGCCAUCAGAAGAAGUUCUGAGGCGGCUAACCCCGGCUCCUAGUUGCAUCAUCUCGGACAACCAGUUUCCCUGGACGACUGAUCUAGCUCAUCGGUUUGGUAUUCCUAGACUUGUGUUCCAUGGACCGGGAUGCUUUACAUACUUGUGUUUACACAUUGUGAUGAAUACUAAUGUACUAAAUGAAAUCAGCUCUGAUUCGGAUUACUUUGUGUUGCCGGGGAUACCUGACCGGAUUGAGCUCACGAAGGCACAAGCAGGCGGUUGGGGGAAAAUUAAGGAGAUGGAAGGGAUGGAGGACUUCUUUGAACGAAUGAGUAUGGCCGAGGAAGGUGCGGAUGGGGUCGUGGUUAAUAGUUUCGAAGAGCUGGAGCCGAACUAUGUUAAACGGCUCGCAGAGGCGAAAGGUAAGAAGGUAUGGUGUAUCGGGCCGGUUUCACUGCAUAACAGAAGUUUUCUAGAUAUGGCAGAGAGAGGAAAGAAGGCCGGGAUCGAUGGGCAUGAUUGCUUGAAAUGGUUAGAUACGAAGGAUCCGCGGUCGGUGAUCUUUGUUUGUUUGGGAAGUAUGUCGAGUCUUAGCAACGAGCAGGUACUCGAGCUCGGGUUGGGAUUGGAGUUAUCAAGCAUACCGUUUAUUUGGUGUAUAAGAUCAACCACAGACGAGACGGACAUAUGGUUAUCGGGAUAUGAAGAAAGGGUAAAAGAUAGAGGCUUAAUUGUUCGCGGUUGGGCACCACAAGUCUUGAUACUGUCCCACGAGGCGGUUGGUGGUUUUGUAUCUCACUGUGGGUGGAACUCGACUCUUGAAGGGGUUGCAGCCGGGGUACCGAUGGUUACAUAUCCGCAAUUUGCGGAUCAGUUUUUAAAUGAAAGACUUGUGGUAGAUGUGUUGAAAACAGGAGUGAGCAUUGGUAUGGAGGUUCCUGUUGCUAUUGGAGAGAAAGAUAAGUUCGGAGCGUUGGUGAAGAAAGAGAACAUCAAGACAGCGGUAGAAAGUGUAAUGAACGACGAAGGGGAGGGAAAGGCGAGAAGAGAGAGAGCUAGAGAGUUUGGGGAAAUGGCGACGAAAGCAAUGGCGGAAGGGGGUUCUUCGUAUGUCAACACGACGUUGAUGAUGCAAGAUGUUAUUGAGGAAUUAGCCAAGAACACAAAACCGAUUCAAGAUGUGUUCUAGGCAUUCUAAUGUGUAGAUGUACUGAAUGUGACUAGGUCCAUUUUAAGAUUUUCGGGUGUGAUUGUUUACAAAUUUUUACUUUGAAUGCAAGCUUUUGAUUGAGUUCCAGCAUAAUUCGUGUCAAUUAA